AUGACUGGUCAGUUGACCGAUGACAUUCCCCUGUCUGAAAGCCCGCAGACCUUCAGUGGGCCUUGGGAUCCCUGGUUUUAUCUCCAUGUGAAGGAGAAGCCUUCCGGGGUCCCUUCUACCGAGUACAUACCAAUUGCUGAGUAUCUGUUCCGUUAUGACCGGGGCGGCUUCUGGGUCGGCGCAGAAGCAUUCAGAUAUUUUGGCUUCGUCCCAUUCAAUCGAUUCACGCGGUGGUUCUUGAACGAUUUCAUGCAUACCCGGAUGAUGUACCGCGCUCUGCACGGGAGCGACAUGUCUUUCAGAACCAUGAUCCAGGACCUUUCACUACCUUACGACACCGCCGAGACGUUCAUCGACUAUACGUCUCAGGAGCUCGGCAUUUGGCCUCUUUGGCUCUGCCCACUACGUGCCGUGGAUUCGCCGACUUUUCAUCCCAAUACGACUGAUUCUAAACAAGGCGGAUCACCCCAGCCGAUGCUCAACAUUGGUCUCUGGGGGUUAGCUGCCACGGAUAUGGACGCAUUUAUACGCCAGAACCGGCAUUUAGAAGAGCGUCUCACAGAGCUGGGCGGCCGCAAGGUCCUGUACUCCCACACGUACUACACAGAACAGGAAUUUUGGAAGCUCUACGAUCAGAAGUGGUACCAGGAGCUGAGACAACGUUACUCGGCCACGACUCUACCGACGGUGUAUGACAAGGUGAAGGUUGACGUAGGCCGGUUAACACAAACGCGAAAUAUGUCUUGGAUUCGAAGGCUAGCGUCGUCAUGGCCCUUUGCGGGCUUUGUUGGGAUUUGGUGCGCUAUUCGAAGUGGAGAUCAUAAACUUCAUAAGCAGCUGGGCUGGAUGAAUUGGAAAUUAGGCAAAAAGGACUGA